AGAACGUGUAAGUGUGAGCAGCUCUGUUCAGUUAAGGAUAGGCCUAUUUAUCUUCUCUUCUCUUCACUAAGUAACAGAGAUAUUGAAUUUAUGAUCCAUAUUGUUAGAUUUUUUUAAUUACUACUUUAUGCAUAAACAUACCCAGCCACAAAAAACAUUAAAGCUAUCACAUGACUCACAUACUGUCCAUUUUUGCUAAUUUUGGCCUUCGUAAUAGUUUUUACAUAAACAAAUAGAAGAGACACACUGUAACUGUAAAGAUACUAAUAUACUAAUAUUAAUAAAAGGUUAUUUAUAACACCGUUAAGGUCCUAUAUAGCAUUUUCAAAUCAUGGUUCUUUAUGGAACCUUAUAAAAAGGGUUCUAUUUAGCACCAAAAAGGGUUCUGCUAUUGUUACAAGCCGAAGAACCCUAAUUUGGUACUGUUUAGAACCAUUUUUCUUAAAAGUGUGGUAAUUAAAUUUAAAAUUAUAAUCGAGGGAAAGUAAAAUGGCAUAGCAUAACUGAAAGUUUCAGAAAGAGUAAUAUCAGAAGAAAGUUGAGAGGGCGACACCAAGACCAAAUGGGUAAAACCAGAGUAGCAGAGUAAAAGAAAUAUAGUGUCUGUAUGCAAAUUCAGUGGCCAAGCAAAAAGGCCAACGCCGUUUGGAGGACUGAACCAAUAGUGUAGCUGGCUUGUGUUGCCUGGUCUCCUUUUACAGCUUCCUGCCAUGUAUGCUAUUUUAAAGAGACACAGCUGCACCUGACAAUUUCCUGCAGAGAGGGCAGGGCUGUACGCUGAUCUCCACAAACAGAGAGCGAGAGAGAGAGAGAGAGGAGAAGAGAAAAGGCGAGAGGAGAGAGAGAGCAGACAGAUGAGUGAAAAGCGGCAUCACUUCUGAGACAAUCUGCGGCACUGGGGGUCAUAAGCAAGUCUGCUUUUCAUCAGCAGGGUCUGCUCAACUGACACAGUGUAAGCAAAGUGACGGACUGCAUUGAAGUGACAGUGUGUGUUCCAUGGAGACAGAAAAUCGGGGGAUCAAUAGCACUGGAAUACAGCCAAUGCUGGGAUUUUAUUUCUACAAAGGGUACUAAAGCAAUCCAAGUGGACUGCUGGGACAUGUGGCAUCUGUGAAGAUCAGACGGAAAACACAAAGAGACACCUAUAGGAGACGCUUCUGAAGGCACAGUUCUCCGUAACUCAGCUCCAUCAUCUAGAACUGGUGGUUUCAUUAAGAACAAGAACCUCUUUUGGAAUCCAGGACAUUUGUUUUGGCUUCACUUGUGUUGAGUUCUCUGUUAUUGGAACAGGAUCUCUGUGUCGUGCAUUGUUUUAGUCAGGAGGGAAUGGUUGAUCUCCAGGUCGGACGUGAGGCCUGCUGGUUCCCAUGAAGAGGUUUGGCAGUUUGCGUCGGACAAAGAGGCGCAAGGACGACGAGCUGCUCACCGGGAGACAGCAGUCAGAGUCGGCAUGUCCAUCUGGCUCUGGGCUUUCGACUCCCCCCACCACCCCGACGCAGAGUCCAGUUCCACCGGUCUUCCCUAUAGAGACCCCCAGUCCUACGGAGCGUGUGGAGGAACGCCGCUCCCGCUCUCUCUCGUCUCCCCCUGACACAGGUCAGCGCUUCAGCCUGAGCACCUCCACCACCAAACCCCCUAUCGCCUUGUACGCCUUUAACUCUACCUCACGCCAGAGCUGCGUACUUGCUGAAGGCAUGCUGGAAAAACUUGAACUUGAUGAUGAAGCUGCUGAAGAGCCAGACAGUGAUAUUUACAUGCGCUUUAUGAAAUCCCACAACUGCUAUGACCUUAUCCCCACCAGUUCCAAGCUAGUGGUUUUUGACACUACACUACAGGUAAAGAAAGCUUUCUUUGCCUUGGUUGCUAAUGGAGUUCGAGCUGCCCCAUUAUGGGAAACGAAAAAGCAAAGUUUUGUGGGAAUGUUAACCAUCACAGACUUCAUCAUCAUACUUCACAGAUACUACAAAUCACCACUGGUGCAAAUAUAUGAACUGGAGGAGCAUAAAAUUGAGACUUGGAGAGAACUUUACUUGCAAGAAACGUUUAAACCCUUAGUCAACAUAUCUCCAGAUGCAAGUAUAUUUGAUGCUGUUUACUCACUCAUCAAAAAUAAGAUCCAUCGUUUGCCAGUGAUUGAUCCAGUCACAGGAAACGCCCUGUAUAUCCUCACUCACAAGAGAAUCCUCAAGUUUCUGCAGCUCUUUGUGUGUGAGAUGCCUAAACCAGCCUUCAUGAGGCAGACUCUGGAGGAGCUGGGCAUUGGCACGUACAGCAACAUUGCUUUCAUUCACCCAGAUACACCCAUUAUUAAAGCACUGGGCAUGUUUGUGGAAAGGAGAGUGUCUGCCCUGCCAGUGGUGGAUGUCACAGGAAAGGUUGUGGACAUUUACUCCAAAUUUGAUGUCAUUAACCUGGCUGCUGAGAAGACAUACAAUAAUCUGGACAUCACCGUGACUCAGGCUCUGCUGCAUCGCUCACAGUACUUCGAGGGGGUUAUGAAGUGUUAUCGGCACGAGACCCUGGAGACCAUAGUGAACAGGAUUGUCAAAGCUGAGGUGCACAGGCUGGUAGUGGUGGAUGAUAACUCCAGCAUCGAGGGCAUCAUCUCCCUGUCUGACAUCCUGCAGGCGCUGGUACUCACCCCCGCAGGUAGAUGCAGAAUGGGCAGUGUGACUGAAUGACAAGACAUACAACUUUUUGGAGGUGAAAGAGAAACACAAGAAAUUCAGAGAACCAAAAAAGUCCAGCCUGCAUUCCUGGAUACGGAGAAGAGGACAGCUGAAAGCAUUUUAAAUGCUCAUUGAAGGGCUGAAAAUUGUGCCGGGCUGAAUGAAACCAUUUGAAUCUGCAGCUGAAGGAAUGGACGUGAUCAUAAUGCACACAUUACUGGACAUGUUUACGGUGGGCCAGUCGUGAGAAUCUGCCGCUAUACUGUACACUGCUUUAAAUGCUGGGCAUGUUUGCCUGGUCGUGCUGCUGGUUUUAGAGGCCUUCGCUGACAGAGCUAUAUCAGGCACAGGGAGGAAGUCUCCUUUUGUGUUCUAGCUGGGUCUGCGUUAUAUCAUCAGGCACAGAAAUCCACUCUUGGCUGAGUGUUUGACGUGGAAAUUUGCCUUAAAUGAGACCUCAGUGAGAGCUGAUUGGAAAGGUUAGCAGAGACCCACAGGUGUGCGUGUAAAAGCAGGUUCGUGAUUCUUGAGCAAUAGGCAAAAAUUGCUGUUGGUUAAAAGAACCUGCUAGUAAAUGGUGCAAAUGUAGACUCUGUAGUCAUGUGGCCAUUAUAUUUCACCUCGAAAUGAAUAUAUAUAUAUAUAUAUAUAUAUAUAUAUAUAUAUAUAAAAUACACACACCAUUAUUUUCAUAACAAUUAUGUAAUAUUGAAUAAUGCAGUAAUUAUUUUCAGAAUUCUCAUUAGUUAGUCAAAAAAAAACAUUGUUCUUUUUGUCUUUUAAAUUCUGCAUAAAUUACAGGCAUUAGAACAAGAGCUAUAAUAUAUUCAUAUUUAAACUAUACAAUUGUAAAGUGUACAGUAAAGAGAAUAAGACAGUAAUUAAAAUAGCAGGGAAAUGUACUUAAUUGUCAUGAAAAUAAUGUAACGAACAAAAAAAAAAAUCUGAGGUCCUAAAAAAAGAGCCAUCCUUUUUUGUUUCUUUCAAUUUUGAGGUGAUAUGACCUGGACAUAUUCUUGAAUGAGAUACAUCUGAAUACUGUUGAUUUGCCUGUCAGCACUGGCCUAUUAGGCUAAUAUGUCUACUGUAUGAAUUGUUUUUCACCUUGUUAGUCAGUGGCAUAAUGAAUGUACUACCACACCGCGUACACACUGGCUGUCAUUGGCUAUAUUUUUACUGGAACAAAGAAUGUGUAAUGAAAAGAGACUAUAUACAGAGCCUUAUUUUUCUAUCAUGACUAUCUCUAGUGUUUGGCUUGUGUGGGAAACCAUGUGCACUACCUGUCUUAAUGCACUAAAAGAGCAUGAAUGUCAAAGCUUGCAGUUUCAAAAAUGGCCACGCAUCUUUGCACCCCAGUGAUAUGCUGAGCUACUGUAAAUACAACAUGUCAUGUAAUGGGUUCAAAACUGAUAAAUCAUGUAUUAUUUGAUUGCAUUUUUCAUUAUUAUAACUGCUGUCAGUGAAAUUUAAGACUGUUCUGUCCAGAAAGAAAGAAAUGUACAUUUUUGUACACAGAAAUGACACUAUUAUAUUUUUUAUGUGGUUGAGCUAAAAUAUAUUGAUAAUGCAUUAA